AGGGCAGAGGUAGGGGUCACUCAGCAGGGCAGAGUGAUACAGGGGUCACUGCAGCAGGGCAGAGUGACGGGGUCACUGCAGGGGGUGGCAGGGGGCAGGGUACACUGCAUGGGCAGCAGGGCAGAGGACAGGGGUCGCUGCUGGCAGGGCAGAGGACAGGGGUCACUGCUGGCAGGGCAGAGGACAGGGAUCACUGCUGGCAGGGCAGAGGACAGGGAUCGCUGCUGGCAGGGCAGAGGACAGGGUCACUGCUGGCAGGGCAGAGGACAGGGGUCACUGCUGGCAGGGCAGAGUAGAGGACAGGGGUCACUGCUGGCAGGGUAGAGGACAGGGGUCACUG